AUUUUAUGCUAGUUUAAAGUUUUGCGUAUGAUUUGAGUUUAAAUCUCAUCGCGAAGUUGAAACGUGUAUCAUCCGUCCAUAUCCGACUCUUUUGUAACAAGAACAAUGGCGUUCUUUGUUAUAUAACAUACGUGAGUCUUGACUCUCGUGUGCAAUUUUCAAGUCUCGUGUUUUUAUGAUAAGCAUGUUCUUCAAAGCAAAAAUUUUCUCCUUCGGUUAUCCAAAGGUUAGUUACGGGCUGUUGUCGUCCUGUAAUUUACCCUUACUUCACCGGAAAAAAGAUUUGACUUGUUCACUGCUUUAAACACGAUCGAAAACGAAACAAGGCACCUUUAAUACCGGACAGUUUGUAAACUUCAGCAAGUACGGCGGGGAAUCCGAACUCUCACUCGACCUGCAAGAGAUCUACAAAUGGUGUCAUGGAAGAUGCUUCGAGUUUCAACGAUUCUAAUAUCAGUGCUUCCAGCGAUUACUCCGAAAGUAGCUUUCGUCCGUUAACUCCAAAGAAAAACCUCGAAACAAGCGUUCUAAAAUCGCGCUCAAACUCCAAGCGAUCUGAAGCGGUUGUUGUGGACGAUGCCUUGAGUUUAAAUGGGGAUCAAUGUUCUGGCGAAGGUAGCGAAACGGCAUCAGUUAAGAAGCAGAAAGAUCGAGGGUCUGAAUGCUCCCACAAAGUGAUAGAAAAGCGGCGCCGUGAUCGUAUCAACACAUCCUUGGGAGAGCUUUCCCAGCUCCUACCAGCACAAAGUAAUGGAAAACAGGGAUCAGGAAAGCUUGAGAAGGCAGAGAUCUUGGAGCUUACUGUGGAGUAUUUAAAGGCCCUUCAGGGAUGCCUUACUGAGAAACAGGAGCAAGAAGUCAAAAAAGAAGAUGACCAACAGGAAGCUGGGGGAGCUGUGAAAGACAAAUCAGAUACAGAACCAAAGCCAGUCGAUCACUUUGGAGGGUACAAGGAUUGCACUGAAGAAGUUUUCCGUUUUCUGGUUAACGUUGAAGCGAUGGACAUGCAACAACCUUGUUUCCAGAGACUUAUGGCACAUCUACGGCACCAGAUCCAGUUGUUGGCCGAGUCUAGUACAGAUGUCUUAAAAUCAAAAGGAAAAAUAAACAUGGAGAGCGGAAAACGUACUGCGUCUAAACGAAGUUUCCAAGGAAACGUAUCAUCCUCAUCUUCUUCUUCUUCUAGCAUGGGAGGACAGAGUGGAAGUGGCAGCGGAGGAAAGGUCAAGAGAGCUCGACUUCAUGCUCACCACAGCAGCGGUAACAAGGUGCAGAGCAGCAGUAGUAAUGGGAAUAGCACAUCAGCGAGCAGUGGCAGUGACAAUGAAAACAGUUCAGAUAAUGCCAGGGAAACCCAAAGUGAUUCAGCAAUAUGUCUAGAUGAUGACCUUGCAGAGAUAUCAGGCAGUUCACCUAAGGAAGAUGAAAACGGCAACAGAACAAAUGGCAGCAGUGUUAGCAGUGCAACCAACAGCAGGAACGGGAAUGAAACUGGUACCUCAGCACCUUCAAUCCCCUCUAUGCUUCUGCAAGGAGGCAACAUUCCAUUGCGUGCACCUUUCCUAGCACCACCUUGUGCAAUGCCAACCUAUGCACUCCACCCAGCAGGCACUCACUACAUUCCUAUAGUUUUGCAUCCCAGUGUGCCAAUACCUCCCGCGCCAACAUUUAAUGGCACUGGACAGCUGCCAUUCGGCAUGAUGCCACCUGGAAGUGGAGGAGGGUUUGGUAUGCCUUCUCAAGUACCAUUUGGAUUCCCCUUUCCAUAUGUUCCUCCAGGGAUACCACCCUAUGGAUAUCAAGCUUCUCCUAUGGGGUUUCCUUUCUUCAAUGGACUACGUAAAGAUCUUGCAGGGCAGGGUACAACUGACCCUGGUAAUGCAGACAGUGGAUCUAAUGGUGAUGACAGCAGCAUAGAAAUGCGCAUCUCUCCCGAGAGUAGUGCAAAUCAGACAGACACUUCGCCCAGUAACUCGGAAAUCGAGAGUUCCAACACAGAUGAAGGAGGAAGUUGAGCACUGUUUUGACCAUUAUUGAAUUAAAGAUGUUAAGGUCCUACAUUGUAUGUUGCCUGUGAGACAGGACACGUACAAAUUGUAAUAUACAUAAUGCUAAAUUGAUUACAUAUCCAUGUGUAGUAGCAGGGGUUUCAUUAAUGUUUCCAGCAGGAGGGCAACUGGUCUUCACAGGUAGGCAAAACUAUUUGAGCUGAACUUCUGAAUAAGAAAAUGUUUCUCCCAGAUGGUCAAACCAGGCAUGUAAUAUCAUCCUCUUGACUCUGACUUCUAUACAGAAUUGUUGGGAAUAAUGGGCUGGAAAUUCUUCUAUGCCAUUUCAAUUGGUCACGUAGAACCACUGCUGCCCUGCUUCGUGACAUAAAACCCAAGGCUGUCCUUGGCAGGUCAAUUUGCCUGGUGCCUACGUCAAUAAAGAGGAAACACUACGUUUACUCGAAGGUUUAAUAAAGGUCAACUGCGAUCAAAGACGAGCACGUGGAACAGACGUGAUACGAGAGUGCAUGUGCAGAGUUUACAACGGCUGGGUACCCUUAAUGAAACCGCUGUGUAGUAGCUGUAAAUUAAUAUUAAAUAUAUUUAGUAAGAGUGGUUUUAAGAGUAAUCUGGAAAUGUGUUGGUUUUACUUUUCAUGCUGUAUGACUGGGUUAAAAAUAAGCACCACAUACUGAACCAAUCAGGUACAAAUCCAGUUUUGACUUGUUUACCAUUGUACAUAAUAUUUUGAGGAACUUCGGUCUGGAGGACUGAAGUUCCCCUGAUGCAACCGCCAUUUUGGCUGUGAAUAGGAGGCAGUGAAAGUCAAAAGGCUUGGUGAUAAUAAUACAAAAUGGUAACAGAAACAUCAAUCUCCAAUUCAGAACAGCCCAGCAUGAUAUGGGCCAACCUUUGAGUUCUGUUUUUUUGAGAAAUUUUCCAGAGUUAAGUUCCAUUUACAUCCCAACUAGAAUUUGUGAAAAAAAAAAAAAAUUUUUGUUACAUUUUUCCAUUGGUUCACUGUUGUUUACAUGGUAGCUAUUGAUAGUGAUCAACCUUUUUUAAAAUGACGUCAGGUUUUUAUGGCAAUCAGUUACACAGUGCUUUUCUUGCCUGUGUUAACUAGAUGGAGUGCACUCUUUUUUAAUAAUCUACACUUGUUACGGGUAAGUUAUUUGGUUCCAGCACUUGUCUUUUUGACACUGGGCAUCAAGAUUUGGUGCUAAAUAACCUACAUGUAACUUUCUUUCCGGGAAUAAGUUGACUGAUCCUGUGCACUAAUAAUUAAUGAGUUUGAGAUUAGUGUCAUUGAAUUCAAGUGAACCUCCUGUAAGCAGGCAUGGGACCAGGAAAAGUGACAACAUUUGAAAGAGUAAGAACAAGCAACAUAAAAUGUACUGUAGUUUUUAUGGUGCUGAGGACAUAACUGUCUUCUUAAAGGAGGAGUCCACCCACUGUCGGAAUGAAUUCAAAAGGCAAUAUGAAGAAAUAAUGGAACUUUUUUAUGAGACAGCUCAAACAGGAUAAAAUAGACACCUUUAUAUCAGAUCAACUACUGUGUAGUUAUGUAUUUUUUUUUAAGCCCAUUGAGAUAGCCAUGUCUCCUCAGUUGUUAGUAGACCUUGACACCCAUGGUUUCUUAGAGACCACAUGCCAAUUUCACAGAUUUAGAAAAUGUAGACCACUGCUCCGAGAAGGAUGAAUCCACUUGACAAUCUGCAGCUACUUUGUAACUUGUUAAAUUCUGUUCAAGGAAUAAAAUAUAUUUCGCCAACA